AUGUCAUCGGCCCAUUCAAGCACACCCUGUCCUCCAGAGGAGAUGAUUUCUACAACCAAUUUAUCUUAUCCACCCACGCUCUCUAUUCCGUCCGUGUCUUAUCAAUCUAAUAGUUAUAGUUUGCAAUAUCGGCAACAGGGCCAAGAGUAUCAACAUCGUAUGCCUCCAACGCGACAGAGGCAUCGCAGUUUAUCAAAUGGAGGAAGCCCCUAUGCGAUCGCGAGAAUAUCACAGUGGGAAGGAGAGAGCAUGAACAGCCCGACUAUGAGGCGAGGACCAAGUCUCCCAAUGGCCCAACAUCAACUUCAAUUGCAACAAUAUCAUCAAUACCUUGGCAAUAUUAAUGACAAUAACAAUAGUAAUAAUAAUAGUAAUAAUAAUAAUAGUAGUGAUAGUAGUAGUAGUAGCAAUAGUCACCAAUCUGGCUACACUCACCAGCCAACGAUGGGGAAUCAGCAAUGGAAUCAUCCCAAUUACCGACAACAACAGCAGCAGCAACCAUCCAUGUCUUCGACACCACCUCCUUUUAAUAACGCUCCAGUCGUCAGACACCCACUCUGGCGGUUAGAGUGUUCCUCAUGUAAAGCAACAUUAUGUGAACAAGCAAUGCAAGGUCACCUCGUUGGUGACCCAUCCAAGAAGUUAUUCUCCACAAACCUUGCCAUUGGAGUUCUGGGGCUACCAGACCGACCUGUGUCAAUUAUUUGUCCCUGUAAAUUCCAUCUUUUUGCCUGUGCCAGCUGUGGGAGUGUCUGCGGCUACAACCUGAGCCAACCGUGUGCUGGAUGCGAAACAAACCGGGGGAAUGGCCACUUCUGGAUCUUUUAUGCACAAGAGAUUAUCGCACAUUGGCGGACACUUGGGGAUCGUAAUAUGUUCUGGGAUGAUCUGCCAACUUGGAAUCACAAAGCCGAUGGCAAUGUCGGACGAUGA